AUGAUGAUGACCGAUUCGCAGCCGGCUCGUUUCUCAAUCGAGGAUCUGCUACGAUCUCGUCACGAUAUUCUCGCUACCGUAUUACCACCAUCAACGCACAAAGAUGAUCUGCAAAAGUCUGUGGAGCAACAUGUCACCGCACUCUCCAGUCCGUCGUUGAACGCCAUCCCAAAUGCUGAACAAUUACCAUUUUGGCUUAGUUGUGCUGCUGCAACGUUUCCACUGGAACAGAGCCUGCUUAUGGCACAGAGAACAGUGCUUCCACAGUUAUGGGCUGCGGCCGCUUCAUCGGAUGCGCUACGGAUUGCCGCUAAUAACAAAUCAUAUCGAAGACGAAAAGCACGUACGGUGUUCUCCGAUCAACAAUUACAAGGUCUCGAGAAACGAUUCGAAACGCAACGAUAUCUAAGCACACCGGAGCGAAUCGAACUCGCUAACGCGUUGAACCUUAGCGAAACGCAGGUAAAAACGUGGUUCCAAAAUCGACGUAUGAAACAUAAAAAAGUCGUACGGAAAGAUCAUAGCGGAGCCGAAGUGCCGGACGAAGAAGAAGCUGACUGGGCUGACAUAACCGUCUGA